AUGGGGUCCAAGACUUCUAUGGUGUCGUGUAUCAACUGGCGUAACGAGUUUCAAACGCUCAAAGAGAAGCUUCCUCAGUCGCAUUCGUCGUCGAAACCAAAGCAUGGAAACUUCGACGACUUGCACGACUCAACAGCAACCAAAGAAAACGCUCCUAGUACAAUAGAAGAGACGAAAGGAUCGCCAACAAACGCGGAAGGUUCGAAGAAGCAGAACCAUCAUGAAGCGAACUCGGGAGCGACAGACCUAACAACAAGUGUAGCUGUGGCAGCGGCUUCAGCUUCAGCGGCGACAGGAAAUGCAGAGGAUGAAUACCUAGCGAUUUGCCUCUCCGUAAAGGACCAGACUCGAGAUCUCCCGGAAUGGUUCACUCACCACUACCACCACAUUGGAGUCAGACGCUUCUACGUCAUGGACGACGGCUCCGAUCCUCCACUCUCAAGCCGCGACAUAGACUGGGGCAUUCCAAGGCCCGCCAUUACCUUCCACUUCCAGGACCGUGCGACCCGCGUUCACAGAAUGCAAGCCGCGUUUUAUGCCCAGUGUGCCGAAUGGCACGGCACAAACCAUACCUGGAUGGCAUUCAUCGAUGUGGACGAAUUCCUCGAAGCCACGUCCAAGAAAGAAACAGUAAAUGAUGUCCUCAAAAGCUUCGACUCGGAUGAUCGGGUAGGCGCCCUGGGGGUGAACUGGAAGACACAUACAUCCCAAGGGCUCUUGAAGCGGCCGGAAUCGUGCCGAAAAGCCUUCACAACCUGUCUAGUCGAUACCCCCAAAGAGUUAUACGGCGGGACAGAUGACAAUCACCACAUCAAAUCGAUCGUGAAGAUGUCCCUCUUUGAUUCGUGCCUAAACCCGCACAAGUUUAACCUCAAAGAUGGCGCCAUGACAGUUGGAGAGAACGGAGACGUAAUCGACAGUAUCGCCUGGCGAAGCCCGGUAACUAGAGAUCGUAUUGCACUACACCACUAUUCUGUCAAGAGCAAGGAGGAAUAUGAGCAGAAGCUGUUGAGGGGUAAUGGGAUGAGCAACCCCAAGAAUCAAGCGUAUUGGAAUCAUGUUGAGAAUGAUAUUCCACAGGAAGAGUGCAAUGAAAUGGCACAGUAUAAUCCAUAG